UCUUACUCUGCCAACCUGCCGCUAAUUAUAAACACAAUCGCAUAUUACAGCUAGAUCUUCUAAGUAGUUCGUAGCGCUUGAUUGAAAUAUCACUCCGAGCUUCGUCUGUUUAGUUUUUCCGCUUAUCUACUGUGUGUCAGAAACACCAGUUGCGCCUGCACCACCCCACGACACUCCAGAAGAAAAAGAAUCUAGAAUGAGCGUCCCUUACGAAGCGUUGACGAUUGAGCGACUAUGCUCCUCGCCGUCCCUGACCGGAACCUCUCCCUCCGGGCUGAAGAUUUCGCCGGACGGUCAGGCCAUUACGUACUUGAAAGGCCGAGAGGACAACAAGAAUUUCAAGGACCUGUGGAUGCAAAGGCUCGGCGUCGAGAAAAGCGACCCUUUUCUACUGGUGUCUGGCGACCCGCUGGACGCACCGGAGGAAAGUUUAUCCAACGAGGAGAAAGCGCGAAGGGAAAGGCUGCGCGUCGGGGAUGCGCGGGGUAUUCUCCAGUACUUUUGGAGCGAAGACGGCAGGUAUCUAUGAUAUCGAACAAGGAGGCUCCUCAAUGGGGCUACAACAGCACCCUGUGCUUGAGUCGAGAUUCGAUAGCAAUGAGCACUCUGGCUUUUUCACUACGAAUGCUGCAUACCGGUUUCAUCCUCCGACUAAACUGAAAUUCGUCGGGUGAUGAAGGCCUCCAAGGCUGUAGUUCCCGCUACAAAUUUUCAAACGAAAAACCUUUGAAGUUCUAUGUACACGUCCAACCACCACGUUUUUUAUCUUCGCUCAGGUCUGUUCUGUGUCCUGCCUCGGACGGGACGCGGAUGUACCUGUACGACGUUGCGGCCAGAAAAGGCCGCAUGGUAUCCGUCGAUGGGACAACGACCAAAAAUUCCGACGAGGAGAGCGCAGCAAGUGCGGUGACCGACGCCAAACUUUCGCCGAAGGGCACGUUUUUGAGCUAUGUGCGCGGCCAAAACCUGUUUGUCCGGCACAUAGAGACCGAGGUGGAGACGCAGCUGACCUUCGAUUCCUCGGAGUGGAUCAAGAACGGCAUGGCGGAAUUCGUCGCACAAGAGGAGAUGCACCGGAUGACGGGCUACUGGUGGGCACCCGACGAGAAGUACCUGGCCUUUACGCGCGUCGACGAGUCCCCCGUGGAGCUGGUUCCACGAAACGAAAUCUACGCUGACGGCGUGAAAAUGUUUUCGCAGCGCUACCCUUACGCCGGCCGACCCAACGCACUGGUGGAGUUGUGCGUGGUGCGGAUAGUAUGUAGUGAGGUCACCGAACGGUUCUAACCAGGGAGUUUUUUUGACAGCCAGACAGCAAAACGGCCGUCAGUUUUCGAGCGGCCGGAAGCGUUUUUUGACAUAAAAAAUUUCCAAUUAUCAAGCGGGCGGGGCUUUGAAGUCAAACAAGCCCGUUCGAAAACUAUCGAUUCGCACUUGAUAAAACGACGCAGGGGAGCCGGCAAAAGGGGCGCCCUUCUGAGGCGCCCACCGCCUUGGUUUCUGGCGGUUUGGGCCGCCAAAAAAGGGGCGCGCAAAAAACUCGCCCAAAAUCAGAAUAGCGAAACAGCAUGGCACGGCCGCGAUUUCGGAGCAUUUUGGGCGGCCGCGAAAGCGGCCGCCUUUUCGCCGGUUUCAGAGCCUGGGAAGCUUUGCAAAAAGCGCCGGAGGGAAAGAUAAAGACGCAAAAAAGAAAAAGCGCGCCAGACGCGCAGAGCCAAUCCGCAUGCUACGGGCCCGAUUUUUCCUCGCUUUUUGGACGCCCCCCGUGGCGCCCGGAUCGGCCGCAUAGCAUGGGGGCUGGCUUUCGGAAAGGAAUUUCGGAAAUUUGCCAAAAUUUGCGACGCUUACCAAGCGGCCGCCAUACCGUGCGGCCUAACGUUACUCGCGGCGGUAUGGCGAGCCCAGAAAAAGCAAAGCCGCGGCCAAGGCGACGGCCGGCAAGAAAACGCCCACGACCUCACUACCCCCGCCCCGGCGGCUAUAUUUGGUACCGGAGGAAACUGAUUCGACCGAGCCAGGACCUCCAGCUCGCGUGUGGGUUCCGCUGCGUCCGCUUGGGGCCACAUCUUCAAAGGGAGCAGUCGCGUCAAAAGCCGCUUGGUCGGGCGAGGCGCCGGCGAAAGCCGGUCCGCAAGACGAACUCUCAGGAGAUAAGGAGACCCUGUUGCGACGAAAUGUCGAUCCCGUCUUGGAUUACUAUCUCCCGAGAGUCAAGUGGUUGCCCGCGGGCGGAAAUCACAAGGGAGAACAAUCGCGUCUGCUGUCCUUUCAGUAUCAAUCCCGCGACCAGAAGCGCCUGCAGCUGCGCGUCGCGAGGAUCGACGAGGAGCAUUUUAGUGGCUCGUCCUCCGGGACGGGGACGUUGACGAACGCCAGCAAUCCCAGUGUUGACCGGGAUGAACAACGACUACAAAAAACAACAAGGAACUAUCUUCCGGAUGCUGAUGUCCGCCCGGUCUUGCACGAGGAGAACCUCGCCGCCUACGUGAAUUUGUUUGAGGACGAGGAGCUCCACUUCUUCCAGGACGGCAGCUCCCGAUUUCUGUGGUGCUCAGAGGCCGGGACGGGAUUCAAAACGAUAUACGUCGGUAAACUGGAAUUUGCCAAGCUGUUUGAAGCGGACGCCGGAGAGAAGGACUUCCCGCUGCGGCCCGUCCUGAAUACUAAAGCCGGCUGUACAGGAGUUGUAGAGACAAACACCUUGUCGUGCGCUGCGUCGUUGACGCCGCUGAACCACGUCGUGCAGCCAGCGAGCGACGUCCAGACGAAGCAGGUGCAAGUCGGGAUUGACGCGCUGGAGCAUGUCGACGAGCGGCAGGGCUACGUGUACUACACUGCACGCACCAACCACCCCGCAACCGAGCGCCACCUGUUCCGGCUCCACCUCCAAACCCACAAGGUGGAGCAGCUGACUAGCGAGCCCGGCUGGCACAGCCCCGUGUUCGGCGGCGCACCAGCGACGGGUCAGGAGGUGCGAGAGGCGACGAGCGUUUUUUUCUUCGACCACUUUUCCAGUCUGGCGCAGCCGCCGCAGUGCUCGUUGUGGGAGGUGGCGCCGAGUAACAACAAGCGGGACAAGGCGCUCUCCCCCCGGGAGUCGUGCUGCAGCCGCCGGCAGUGGAUCGCGGAAAACAAGGUGGCGGAUUUGCUUUUGAAGCCGUAUUUUCCCGGUCUCGUGACGAAGCCGUUUUUCGGCUCGUUUUCGGCCAUGGACGACCCGAAUAGCACCCUGUACUACCGCGUGUUUUUCCCACCGACCGUGAACCCGCUGGAUCGGAAGUGGCGGCCCAAGAUGCCGGUGGUGUGCUUCGUGUACGGCGGGCCGCACGUGCAGCUGUGCAUCACCGGGUCUCGGUGGUCGGACCAGCACUUGUUUCUGCAAUUUCUGCUGCAGCAAAACUACAUCGUCUUCACGGUGGACAACCGCGGUAGCAGCGGCCGCGGGCUGUCCUUCGAGAGCAGCGUGUACCGCGACAUGGGGAAGCGGGAAAUUUUGGACCAAAUCGCGGGGGUGCGGACGUUGUGCGAAAAGUAUCCGCAUCUGGUCGACCCGGACCGCAUCGCCAUCUACGGCCAUAGUUACGGGGGUUACAUGGCCCUGCACUGUUUGUUCCGCAGCUACUACGUAAUGUCGGACACCAGCAACAAGAGCCCUACUGCCGAUCAGAAUCUGCCACGUAAUUGGAAUUUUUACGCUUCCGAGGCUGGUGGUGAACAAGGAGCCGGCGGCGGCGCAAAUGGCAGAGCAUCAGCUAACGGCGCACACAUUGGCCAGAAGAGCAGAGCAGACGUCGGCAGCUACACAUACGAGGAAGCGCAAGACGUGGAUGCUGCUUCGAAAGCUGUUUUUGCGAACCGGCGUCCGUUGUUCAAGUGUGCGGUGAGCGGCGCGCCUGUGACGACGUGGCGGCUGUAUGACACACACUACACAGAGCGCUACAUGGGGGUGCCAGACUUUACCAAGGACUACCCGGGGAGCGAAGGCACCAACUUCACGAACGAGGCAGGCUACGAAAGCUCCUCGGUAGUGCCCUACGCCAAAUUCUACGAUGAUAAAAGGUCAAAGCUACUCAUUUACCACGGGAUGGCGGACGACAACGUGCUGUUUCAAAAUAGUACGAAACUGUACGGCGAGCUCUUCCAGCAGAAAAAACUGUUUCGAAUGUGCGACUACCCGGGUGCCAAGCACUCCAUGAACGGGGAGCACAUCAAGAAACACUUGUACGAGAUGAUUUUCGAUUUCCUACAGAAGGAGUUGUGAUGAACAUGCGCAGAAGCAAAAUUCCGAGAAAUUGAGAUAAGAUGAAAGACUCAUUGAGCAGCACGCAACUGAAGUUCAACACGGUAUCCGCAGACAACUCAUCCUCG